AUGCAGCCCAAGCAACAGAGCGGUUCGGUGCCUCCGGGCUUUUCCCGGCCGUUAACGGUCGGCGAGGUGCCGCUCAUGGCAUGCUCAAAUCAUAACAGACAUCCCGAUGCGCCGACGAAUAGGACGUACAGGAUGCUGCUUUCGGGCCAGGAUAAACAAGCUCGUGGGUAUCACGCUCUGCGCCUACUACGCCUGAGGCGCAUUCAUAUGAAGCAGCGGUGGCAGCAAUUGGCUCUUAUUGGCCUCACCGCCGUGGUUGGUCUAUCGUUGAUCUUCUGGAAUCAGGUCACGUUUCCUCUCCUGAUAUAUAUUCAAAAUCUGCGCCUUCCCGUAGAAUACACAACAACGAAACAGGACCUGUAUCGAUGCUCGGCAGGCACCCUACCCUCGUUGUACAUCAACGACGACUUUUCCAGCUGGCGAGGGUUCGAACGGUCAGAGUCGCUCCAGGAAGCGUGGAAGGAGCCUUCGACAUCGAUGACGAGGAAAAUGGAUUAUCAGAUGUACGAAGUAAACAUGGCACUCAUGGAGAUCGUGUCGAAGACAUUGGCAGCUCACCAUGUAGACUAUGCCAUCGUCGGGAGCACACUGGUCGGGUCAUAUCGUUUCCACGAUGCUGCCUUCUGGAGUGACUCGCUUGACGUGGCUAUGAGCGAGGACGACUCUGUUAGAGUGCAGAGAGUGCUGCAGCAAGUCAACUUGGUCGACGAAGUCGAAAAAGGACUUGCAUACAAGCCGGCUGACCUGCAGCGUUGGCUAGUUGGCUCACAGGCUAAACUUCAGCUUGAGACCGAGCACGUCGGCAAACAGGGGCGAAUUGUUUUAACACCGGCGUCGGGAGCUGCACUAGCGGACCAACUAUCAUCUUUCCGUAUCAACGUCAGCUGGUGGAGAGUUGAAGAACGCCAUCCGGAAGAUAAGUCAAAAGACUUUGACAGCAGCCCAGAGGUGGUCGUUUUGAACAUGCCCGUGACCGAUGGAUCUGCCGAAACGGUUAGGGUGCCGUCCACGGAGUGGUUCCCUCUAACUAAUAGGCCAUUGGGGAUGCUGGUUGUUGCAGCACCGUUUAAUCCUCUCUUUUACGUGAAUACACAGUAUAAUGAAGCAGAACCGCGCUGUGGCAGUGCUAGCUCGUCUAAGAGCUCGGGUUUCUUGUACUGGGACAGGUUCGCAGGAUCAUGCUCGAUCCUACGAUCGAGUUACUUCUAUGUAGUUAGGGACAAGGUUAAAGACAACUGCUACAGGGAAGUUUUGCUUUAUGGCGGGCAAUUCAAGUCUGUCGCAUAUGUGGGAGGCACAUUCCGGCCAGCUGAAAAAUUCUCAUCGUGGCAUUUUGUUUAA